AGCUGCUGUGAACUGAAGUCCUUAUAUUCCUGGGCUUCUUUCUCCUCUGGGUACCAGCUCCUCACUGCUCUGCAGACGUGGGUGCUUGUGGCGAAGGGAAGGAAGAGGUCGGAGGGUCUGUGCUAACAGACAUCUGAAGCAAGAAAAAGAGCAGGAAACAACCCCGCGUCGGCACAGGAAACAACAACAUCAUGCAAAAACCCUGCAAAGAAAAUGAAGGAAAGCCCAAAUGCAGCGUGCCAAAGAGGGAGGAAGAAUGCCCCUACGGAGAAUUUGAACGCCAACAAACCGAAUGGAAUUUCAGACAGAGGCUGCUUCAGUCUCUUGAAGAAUUUAAAGAGGACAUAGACUAUAGGCAUUUUAAGGAUGAGGAAAUGACAAGAGAGGGAGAUGAGAUGGAAAGGUGUUUGGAGGAGAUAAGGGGGCUGAGAAAGAGAUUCAGGGCUCUGCAUUCUAACAAUAGGCAUUCUCGGGACCGUCCUUAUCCCAUUUAAUGCAUUUCUCUGAAAAUUCAGUUAUUUUCUGUUAUUAAUAUUGCCACUGCUUUCUGUUUGCAUUUCCUUGCUAAAUAUUGUCAUUAGUUUACCCCAGUCCUUCGGUGUUGCUUAGAUUUACAUAUGACUUGUCAACAUCUCAUCUUUUGACCCAAUCUUACUCACUUAAUAAAGGGUCUCAUUCAUUUGCAUGAGAAGAUGCUCAUUGUAUAUUGUAAAGUGAAAAUAACAAAUUGAAAAAACAGUGUGUAUAUAUGUAUGUGUAUACAUACACUUUAUAUGUACAUUUCUAUAUGACGUAAUGCAGAGGAAAGUGUCUGAUUUAUUAUACACCAAAGGUUAACAGUGAAUCUCUGUGCGAUCUGUAUUUUCUUUCUCUUUUUUCUUGACUAUCUACAUCUUCUCAUUUUCCAAAAAAUGAAUAUAUGUUUGUGUGUAUGUAUUACUUGUGCCACCAAAAGAAAAAAAUACCCUCUAAAAUAGACACAAUAUAACAACUUGUCAAUCACCUUUGGAAAGCAGUGAAACACUUAAUAAACUCAAUAACAGAUGUAUAAAAAAGAAAUGUAAACUUCAGAUUGCCUCUGGAUCUCUUAGCCAGAGGAAUAAACUGGCUGUUAUUAUAGAUGCA